AGAUUCUAGAGAGACCUGGGGCCUGGUCAUCUUAACUGGCUAUCAAUCAACGAGGUGAACGAGGCGAGGAAAUUCAAGUGCUUCAUCGAAUUAAAGCUCUAGUUCGGCAACGGGCGACAUAAACGCAUAUCUCGUCUCCAAAUCUUCCACUUAACCACCUACACCAAAUUCUCACAACCUAAUUCGUCUCAUCCCAUCUUUUAUUCUCCUUCUUUGCUGGGUCGUCUACUUAGCCACAUACCUAUCUCUAUCUUUAACAUCAAAUUUUCCAUCCUUUGGACCAAUAACGACGAAUCUUUAACCCAUAGGUAAUCUUGAAACCCACAACGAUACUUGACGCUUGAACUCGGCAUUAAUUGACAUCCUUCCUGUUCAUUCUCCAUCCCGGAAGUGUACCAGAAAUUUACGUUUGGGUGGAAAGAAGCCAUAGGGAUUGUCGAGAGCUCUCCAACUGGGACACACGAUUCUGUCCUCGUUCACAACUGCCUCAUCGGUUCUUUUUGCAUCUAUCAACAGCACCAUCACACGGACUUCCUUCUCGAACAAGUAUCCUCGUACCAUACAUACAAAAGAUAAAUUCCAAUUCCAACUAGAGUUCACCUCUUUGCAUUUCGUUUGUUCCUGUACAAACAAAUUAGAUGCAACAUAAUACAUCAGUACAUUUUUGGCUUACUCGACGACGAGCACUUUGAUGUAUCUUUUGCAUCACAAGCUCAUAUAAGUACUUUGCAUCACCUCAAUCUACACACAUACACACACACGCACACACUCAAACACACACACACUCAGUAAGGUAUAGUACUUACUUGGAAGAGAACUUCAAGGCGUUACUCAAUUCAAUCACUCGAUCACUUUGGUUGGUCAGAGAGCAUUAGAAAGGAAACCUCUCGUCCCUGCGUUUCUUAUCCGCGCCGUCCUUUUGCCCCGGUCGAGUACCGAGCAUCGCUGCUCGUAAAGCACCAAUCAGAAUUGCUCAGACUCUGCUCACCCGGUCUUUCACACCAGUCGCAUAUUGUCAGUCUUCGUUCCUUCAAUACACGACCGUUGAAUCACUACCUUAUGUACCAACCGGUUUGUCUGAAUCGAAGAAUCAAACAGCUUGGAUAACUUUGCAUCCACGGCAUCGUCGCCAAGAUUUUCACUAUCACCAUCCUCGUCACAUUAGAGAAUUCUAUUCAUUUGUGUUUCGCAUUUGUUAUUUCAAGAAUAUCCUCGAUAUCAAGGCGAUUGCCGGGUUAUCAGUAUAUCGAACCCGGAAUUCCACUGUCUCUUGAAACGUAGGAGACGUCCUCUCUCAUCUUUCGUCAACGCUCAUUUGCGGCCCAUCAUCCCGACAGAGAGUUCGUUUUUCCGGUGUACAUCACAAAACUGAAAGCUCAAGACUCUGAGACGGCGCACUAGACGGCACUAUUCUAUGAGACCUAAGCUCCAUUAAAGGUUCCCAGCCCUGUGACUCCUACUAGGGCUGUACACCGUUUUGAACAUUGUCCAGACUCUAGAACUUGAGCUUUCUGACCGCUCAUCACUACCAGGACUUUCUGGUUGUUGACUCUACUUAAUUCCUUCCACAGACUCUCCAAGCUCAAUCACACACCCUCCUUUCGCAAGCACAAGACAAUAGAAAACAAUAGCAGCAAAGGACUCUUCUGUUCAAAUCUAUCAUUGUCAGACUUCUUGUCAGUUACUGCUCCUUAUAUUAGCUAUUAAAAGUCAGACUCGAUCUUGACCUCGAACUCGGACUCGCGAACUCCGCCCAAACCUACCUCCACCACAAGCACAACUCAACCAGAAGAACGAGACUACAGAUAUAGAAGAACGUCUCAUCUACCUCCUUCAUUCAAAAGUCCAUCUAUGGUUGUUUUCUUAGUGUCAAAAUACUCGAACUAUCGAUUCGAAUCAUUGUGUCGCAAGCACAGCACGAGGGAAAACGAGCAAAUCGAGGGAUAAAGAGACAUCGAAUAUAGAUAUAAUAAUUUAUAAUCAUCAGCAUGAAUUCCCAACCAUCGCACGACUUCGCGCAGGCGCAAUCUCUCCAGAUUCCAGGGCUACAAAGGUAUGUCCUCCAGAAAUCCCGCCAUGCUUUUCAAUUUUCCCCUUCUCUGAACGAUAACUAAUAUUCGUAAUGAAGCCAAGACUGCAAGCUCAUUAUAAGACAACAGCCUCGCUAUGCGAGGGUUAACAUGGGCAAAGAAAAAGGUAAACUGAUCUUACAAUCUCCUCGAAUGGCAUAAAUCUAAUCUAUGGCAGAUCGUCGAGCAGUUGACCCCCCGCCUGUUGUUCAGCUCAUAAUUUCCCACGCAGUCGACCCGAAUGAACGCUACAUUAUAAGUAUGAAGUCAGUCUUUGCGGUUCUUUUCGUUUACUAACGCUUGUAGACCCACAUUUCUUUAUGAAAGGUACUCUUAUGCCGGUCACAGAUAUGCAAGCUGGGACGUCUCACGGAGCUUUACUGGCAGGCACUACAGUGUCAUCUUGUCAUCGCCUCAAAGAUCCCGAGACCGACGACUGGGGCGCAUAUUUUGUAUUCGGCGAUUUAUCCGCCAAGAUCGAAGGUGUCUUCGUAUUGGAGUUCAACCUUUACGAGAGCCAUGAAGACGAAGUCGUUUGGUUGGGAUCUAUUUCGUCCGAUCAAUUUACUGUAUAUUCGUCGAAAGCCUUUCCUGGAAUGAUGGAAUCGACCACUAUGACGAAAAAGUUCCAGGAACAGGGCCUCAAGUUGAGAGUUCGUAAGGAGCCUCGGUCGUUGCUCAGAAAGCGUGGUCCUGCCUUUGAUGACUAUGAGCCCAAGAAGUAUCGUGCUCGUAUUCAGGAGCCGGAAGAAGAGCCAGAUUCUCCCGAGGCGAGCAAAUAUAGCGAACAACAACAAGUUCUCAAUCAGAGUGCACACAUGCAGAAUAGAUACUCAGGCUAUUCCCAAGAAUCCUCGUCGCCGGAGGAGCGCCGAUUAAAACGAGUAAGGACCGAUACCCUUUCAAGCCAAUCGCAAAGUCCAAACUUUAAUCAACCGACAUCCGCCGAAUCACUCCAAUGGCAAAGAGGAUACGCCAAUGCACAGCAGCAACACCAACAACCUUCCUUUGCUGGCCAUCAAAUUCCAAGCCAGCACCCUUUGCAGAGCUAUAAUGAUUAUAAUUCGUCAAAUUACGCACAUUCUCCCCAAGAGAUGACUACGCCGGUUCGAGACCAGUUCUUUUCGAAUCAACUCUCAAAUACCCACCUCAGUGACUCGCCGCAGCCCAGAUCUUUACAAUUCGAGAUGAGCAACCAGCGACCAUCUCCCACAUACUAUCAUCCACAAUCGCAUGGUUCCAUGCACUCGACAGUCCCUAUAUUGUCAGAGCCUAAUCCCAUGAGUCACAGACAGACAGCCAGUUACCAAAAUAUGGGAUAUCCACCAAGAACACAUAUUUCACACGGCAGUCUCACUGGUAUGCCACCGCCGUCGAACAAUGGGAGAUAUCCUGCGGCCCCUAGUUUUUCUGGUUAUAGGAGAGAUACAUCGUAUGAAACAAUACCUGGACAUGGACUUGGGAUAGGGCAAUUUCCAGACCAGAACGCAUUUGGCACUCCUGUUAGGGAUCCAUAUGAAGGUCGACCCUCCGCACAUGUUGUGACUACAUCGCAACCCGGGUAUUAUCAAUAAGUUCGUAAAAAUUUCACAAUUGCUGAGCCGGAAGUGCGCUCAAGCUGAACUUCGUUCUGUAAAAUGGUUGUCGAAUCCUUCACAUAUACCCAGUUUUUCUUUUUCUGAUUCAUUUUAUGCACAUAACCACAUUCUGUUUUCUUUUUGUCUGUGAUCAAAAUGACCUAUUUCGGUUUUCAUUUCUUUUGUCUUCUAGGGACUGGCUGGCUGUAUACAUCUUGAAACGUUUUUUUGUGUUAUCAUCUCUUUCCGGGCUGGUUGCAUUUAGCAGGACUUGGGUAUCAAAAACCCGGGUAGCUUCGAGGUGGCGCUAGGUGGGAGGCAUGCAUGGAUUUUGCAUAUAUUUAUUUGGAAUUUCUCAACUCCAUAUUUCUUUUCUGUCGAUUACUAUUCCUUCAUCAUUAUUUCAUAAAUCUUCAUUUAUCGCUGGUUCGCGAAAAUCAUUUGAUCUGGCCGGUAUGCCCAGGGUGUUUUUGGUACUCGUUCAUGGGGCCAGUAUGGAAUAUUGGGAAUAGGUAGGGUCAUUUGGAAAUUUGACAGGGCGGGGCGGAUUAGCAUAAGGAAGAAAAUUGGGUGGAAGGAAAUUGUAUAAUAGGAUGGAUGGUCGGGCGGGAUUUCGGAGAAGGAUGCAUCAGUUGCAACGGCGGCGGACUUCUUUAUAUUGGAUGCUGCAAUCAUCAUAGUUGAUAGCUAAAAUGCUUGGUUGGGACUGGGGUGACCGGGGGGAAAGGAAGGAAUGGAAAGGAAAGGAAAGGAAAGGAAAGGAAAGGAAAAGGAUGGAGAAAAGAGUAUGCCGGCGACCUCGGAGGCAGAGGGGUACACACACAUAUAUAGUAAUAAUUGGGUGGUUCACUGUAGCAAAGCUUACUACAUACGUAUAGUACUCCGCAACUUCGGAUUACAUCUACUGUAAAUACGUAAUACUACCUAGGGAAAAAAAGACAC